AUGAGCUACGGAUUCACGUUGCAGAAAUAUGUCAACCACUUGGUCAUGUUAAGAACUAUUGUCUAACUAGGCCAUUGCAAAAUCUAAAUAUCACUUGAAAAGGUUUUCACAAUCGCACUAUAUGGCUGAAUAGGCAGUAUUCUUUGUGAAGUUACCAUGGGGAAAACGGACAAAAUGUUUCGUUAAGAAGACGGAGGACUUAAAGUGGACGGUCGCGCUGAUUACGAGGUCUGAAAGGCAGGUUCCAAUGACCAACGCGACAAGCUGAUUUGAGGAACAUUUAAAUGCUGUCAUCCACCCAUGGGCCUCUGCCCUGCCUCUACUUAUGAAUAAUCUUAUUGGCUGCUCCAGCAGGCCAAAAUUCCAUUGAUAGGUUACCUGAGUAGGAGAUGCCAGUAGAAGGCGACAGCGCCCAGGAGGGAGAGGGGCCUUCGUUACCACCGGUGACAGGAGAGGGGAGGGAGGAUGUGUCGUCAGGGCAACAGAGUGGUGAUGGGAGAGAGGGAACGGGGUGCUCCGGGAGAGAAGCCAGCGGAGGAGAACCGUCUAGUGGGGAGACGGGACACGAAGACGAGGAUACGACCAGCGCAUCACAUGACCUGUCCUCUGCAAAUCACAGUCCUCGCAGCACCAUUGGCUCCACCUCCACCAAAAGUUCAAAGCUGCGUGCAGCCUUGUCCUCCUGCAGUCUCCGCAGCUCUCAGUCCGGCCAGGUUGAACAUCACACUGAGGGCAGCGGCAGUGAGCAGCCGGAGCGAGGUCGAGGCCAGGCCCACAGAGAGAUGAUGACCACGGUGGCUGAGAUGAAGAAGAGGCUCCCCUCGGACAAACGCAGCCGCAGCAAAGCCAGCACCGUGGAGGCCCUGCACUACGCACUGGACUGUGUCAAACAAGUCCAAGCCACCAGUGAGUACUACAAGCUGCUGAUGAGCACAGGGCAGGACGAGAGAGCAGACGCCACAGUGUGCUCCCUGGACGAGCUGGACAGAGUCACGUCUGAACACACCCUGAAAAACACGGACUCGUUGGUGGUGGGCUUUUCCCUGGCCAGCGGCCGCGUGCUCUACGCCUCGGAGCAGGCUCCCAGCAUCCUCUGCUGCAGGAGGAAGUUCCUGGAGUCGGCCAAGUUUGUGGAGCUGCUCUUCCAUCAGGACGUCAACGUGUUCUACUCCCACACCGCCCAGCCCCACCUCCCACCCUGGAGCAACUCCCACACCGCAGCUGCUGCUCUGUUUGAAUGUGCCCAGGUCAAGUCCUUCUUCUGCAGGAUCAGGGGUGGUAAAGACCGUGAGGGGGAGAUCCGCUACAACCCCUUCAGGAUCACUCCCUACCUGCUGAAGGUGCAGGGGGCAGGGGGGAGGGGAGAGGAGGAGGAGCCCAGCUGUCUGGUGCUCGCUGAGCGCAUCAUCUCAGGAUAUGAGGCUCCUCGUAUCCCCACGGACAAGCGCAUCUUCACCACCACUCACUCUCCUGAGUGUGUGUUCUUAGAGGUGGACGACAGGGCUGUGCCGUUGCUUGGAUACCUGCCUCAGGAUCUGAUUGGCACGUCCUUGCUCACCUGUGUUCACCCAGAGGACCGCCCCCUGCUGCUCUCCAUGCACCGCAAAGUGUUGAAGUAUGCAGGCCAGCCCCCGUUUGAACACUCCCCGGUGCGCCUGCGCUGUCACCAUGGAGACUACGUCACCGUGGAUACCAGCUGGUCCAGCUUCAUUAACCCCUGGAGCCGCAAGGUGGCCUUCAUCAUCGGACGGCACAAAGUCAGAACGAGUCCCCUGAAUGAAGACGUGUUUGCUGCACGGAGUAACGAUGACCAGCCAGUUACCUUUGAGGAAAUCAAAGACCUGCAGGCCAAAAUCUACAAACUCUUCUUGCAGCCGGUCCAUAAUAACGGUUCCAGUGGUUACGGCAGUCUGGACAGCCGUGCCUCUCAUGAGCACUACAUCAGCGUGGCUUCUUCUUCUAGUGACAGCAACGCUAACCUGUGGGAGGACUCGCACCGUGAACCAGCGACUCUGCGGCAGAUCUGUGCUGAUGUAAACAGAGUGAAGAGCUGGGGCCAGCAGGCAUAUCUGGACUCCAGGAACAAGCUCACCUCUCUGGGCAAACCUGCCACGGCCCGCCUCCCCCAUGUCACGUCCAGCGAGGUGAGAGGUCAUGAGGAGAGCAGGAAGCGGACACACACUCCCUCCUACCAGCAGAUCAACUGUGUGGACAGCAUCAUAAGGUAUCUGGAGAGCUACACAGCUCCAGCAUUCAAGCGUAAGAGUGAGUCUCGCUCCCUCUGCACUUCUUCAUCCUCCUCCUCUCCCUCAGACGACGACAAGCCAGCUGCAGCCACAGACACACACACAGACACAGCCCAGGCCAGCUCAGACGUGGUGGUGCUGGACAGCGAGGUGUCUGUGGGCUCCACAGUAGCAGUAGUGGUGGGUGCUCCCCUGACUGACAUCACUCUGUCUACUAAAGCCAUGAGUGUGGUGUCUGCCACCAGCCAGUGUUCCUACAGCAGCACCAUAGUGCACGUGCCCCGGCCUGAGUCAGAGGUGACAGCUCUGGAGGACGCACCAAUGGGGAGCGAGCCGGCCGACCCUGCACCAACCCCCGCUCGCCCCGCUCCUAGCCCCGCCCCCAGCUUGGCCACGGAGGAGCUGCGAUUGGUGGGUCUGACAAAGGAGGUGCUAUCGGCUCACACCCAGAAGGAGGAGCAGGCGUACGUGGAUCGCCUCCGCCAUCGCAUCCUCCAGAGCCCCUACAGCUCCUACCUGCAGCAGGACAACAGCUCCAUGGCCCCCUCCCACCACCCAGGUACCCCAGCCCUGGCUCCACCAGCCCCCUCCCACCACCCAGGCCACCAUGUGAUGAGGCCAGUGAGCGCGCGCCGUGGCGGUUUGAACCGCUCUCGGACGGGGAAGCCCAGACACAAGAGGUCCAAACCCCAGAGCUCCUCUGACAGCUACGCCUCCCCCCCCGGACCUCCUCGCCGCCCCCCUCUGGCCCCCAACUCCUCCUGGCCCUCCUCUGAAUCCUCCCAUCCCCAGUUGGGGGUGCCCUACCCGCCCAUGCCCACCACCCAGGCCCCAUACCUCCCCGUGAUGGGGGCACGGCCGGGAGAGCCCUGGCAGCAGGCAGGAGGGGGGGGCAUGGUACUGCAGCUAGACCCCAGUCAGCACAGCUACCAGCACAACGUCCACAUCAUGCCACCCGUCCAGAACCUGCACGCUCAGGAUGACAACAUGAACCUGCAGGCUGUCCAGAUGCAGUCCAUCCCGUCCAACACUCUGAACUUUCAGUCCAUCCCGCUCCAGAACCUCCACAACAUGCCCAACUUCCCCAGCCUGCAGCCCAUGGCCCCUCCCCAUGGCCUCAACCCCUACAUGACCCCAAUGGUGGCUGUCAUCCUGCCCACCUACCCCUCCCUCCCUCCCGGCUACCCCCCGCUCUACCCCCCCCCUGCGCCUCCUCUGCUGCCCCAGGCUCCCUUCACCAUGCCAGGCUUUGCCCCUGCCUCAGCUCCCUUCUCUCAGCCCCAGUUCCAAGCCCAGCCUGCUCCCCAGCCCCGGCCCCUCCCAGGCCCUCUGAUGUGCUCCCCCAGGCCCAGCUCUCCAGUGGAGGAGGAAGAGGAGGCGGCUGCCGGGUCGUCUGACUGGGCCCCCAUGGUCUCCGGCUCCCGCUCCAGCUCUCCCCUGCAGCUCAACCUGCUGCAGGAGGAGCUGCCCAAGCCCAGCGAGGGAGCGAGCAGCACGGGCCACAGCCACGCCCACAGCCACGCCCACAGCCACGCCCACAGCCACGCCCACAGCCGCGCUGACAGCAUGCACGAGCAGCACGCCAAGGGGCAUCACAAAACAGAGGGAAACCCUCCUAACGCCUCAGGCUCCAACGCGUCAGAGUCCGGCAGGUCUCUGGGCUCUGGGUCCGGCUCCAACACAGGAAGCAGCAACAGCAGUAAGCACUUCGCCAGCAACGGUUCGUCGGACACCUCGAGCAAAGCCCGCAAGAGCCAGGAGCCGGCGGCUGAACACAAACACCCGUUGGAAGCGCGGGUGGAGAACCCCCUGUGGAGCAUGAUCCGGCACACGCCAGAAGCCGUCAUGAUGACCUACCAGAUCCACCCCAGGUACCCCAGCCCCACCCCCCACCACCACCAGGCUCUAGGGCCCCACACUAGAACCAGCCUUGCUGAACUGACUGGAGGAGAGAAGAGUUGUGUUGUGCUGAGACAUGACCCCUCCCCCUGUAGGGCCCAGGAGGACGUGCUGGCGGAGGACAGGGAGAGGCUGCGUCACAUGCAGCCUCUGCAGCCCUGCUUCAGUCAGGAGCAGAGGCAGGAGCUGGCUGAGGUCCACCCCUGGACACAGAUGCACUCUAUCCCCCAGGAGAUAGACUCACAGGGCUGUGUGAGUUGUACCUCAGGGGCGGGGAUUCUCACUUUCGCCCGCCCACCUGCUCCAGAUAGCUCCUCCCCUUCGCAGUGCCCUCUGUCAGACUCCCGUCUAACACUUGACACCUGAUGUGUGACCAUUCCAGGAAACUCACAAUCCUUACAGCCAAUCAGCCUCACCAGAACCCCUCUAGUCCCUCCCACCAACAAUCUCUCCUGACCAAUCAAAGGGGUCAGAGGGGCUCUAGAUGGGCUGUAUCUCAGAUCUCUAUGAGGAUCCAACAAACACUUUAUCUGAGCGGCUGGACCGGACAGAUAGCUGUGAAGGAGACAUCCAAAGGCAGAACUCUACUGGAGCGCAGAGCUGAGAUUGGCAGGUUCCUCUGUCACUCUGCCUCAUUUCACUGGAUCACUGGAUCCUCACAGGAUCUCAUGAUCCCGCCCCCCGGUGGUCUGUGUGUUUAUAGAGCCUGCAGCAGUUCCCUGGUUGAGCGUGACUCUGUUCCACAGGCUCCGUUAACUCUGGAUGGUGCACACUACACAUGGUGCUGGACACUAGUCAUGUUGUAGGCCCACACAUGCACGUCUGACAGUCUUCUGUACGUGUGUGUGUGUGUGUGUGUGAGUGUGUGUGUGUGCGAGGGAGGUUAAGGACACAUUGCUGCUUCUCUCACUUCUAAAUGAUAUCUAUCUUUGAUGGUUUUGAUGGUUCUGCAGUUCCAAAGGUUGGUCUCUUGCUCUACAUAAUCUCUCUCUACUGGACUUGGACAUGGGAACCACUAGUUUUCAGCUCACUGAAUCGUACCAUAGCCUCCCCUGGUCCUACAGCUCAUACUGCUCAUACUGCUCAUAGUGCUGUGUACCUGCUUGUGUACCUGCUUGUGUACCUGCUUGUUUACCUGCUAGUGAAUGUAUGUGUGAUUGCGUAUGUGCCUGUGUGCUUACACCCUUGUCCACUUUCUCAACACUUUUUUGUUGUCAAAUAUUGUUCUAUCUUUCUGGAGGGUGGUUUUGUCUCUCGGUUGAGGGGGGGGGGGGGGUGCGUGUGUGUGCGCGAGGCUGGUCGAUAGUGCCGCUAUGAGGACUGUUUUCAUUGAUGCCGUUUUCAGGAACCACUCGGUUUUGUACAAUUUCUUGAUAGAAAUGAAAGUAUAUUUCAGUACAAUGUAUUGUCCAACUAUACAAAACAAUCUCCUUACAUGUAUGAAAAAGCCAUUUGUCAUGAAUUCAGGGACUUAAUGUGACAUAAAAUAAUAAAACUGAAUAAAAACAAUAUUCCUAAAGAAGACAUGACUGAUGAAGGUUGUUGUGGAGGAGUGGGUUAGGGCCUGGAUGAAAUGAGCCCUCUUGCCAUUUGGAGGUUUCACUCGAUGCAUAGAAACACAAUAAACCACACG